UCGGGCGGAAGGAGCGCGGGGGCCGCUCCCACGUGGUGGGGCAGUGCGGCCGUCGCGACCUGCGGCCGCCUCCACCGUCCCGCGUCCCGGCCCACGGUCUCUAAGCGGGGCUGGCCUCCAGGUGAGCGCCUUAACCUGCGGACUGCGCUCCCUCCGCGCCCGCCGCUCUGCUCGGGGCGGGGCGUGACGUCAGUUUACCUGGGGACGUCCUCCAGGUGAGUCCCUCACGGAGGGCCGGCCCCGAGAUAAAGUGUAGCAAUGGCUGCUGUUUAUUCUGGCAUUUCCUUUAAGCUCAAAAGCAAGACAACUUCUUGGGAAGAUAAACUAAAACUAGCUCACUUCGCUUGGAUUUCCCACCAGUGCGUUCUUCCAAAUAAAGAGCAAGUACUGCUUGAUUGGGCAAGGCAGUCAUUGAUUGCAUUUUAUAAGAAAAAACUUGAACUGAAGGAAGACAUUGUUGAAAGGCUUUGGAUCUAUAUAGAUAAUAUUCUCCACAGCAGAAGACUGCAGAAUCUUCUCAAGAAUGGAAAGACAAUUAACCUUCAGAUCUCCCUAGUUAAGAUCAUAAAUGAGAGAGUAGCUGAAUUCUCCCUUUCGGAAUCCCAAAGAAGCACGUGUGCCAUGCUGAGCUGCUGCCAGGGCAUCCUCUCGACACCCGCCCUCGCCGUCAUCUACACAGCGAGACAGGAGCUGCUAGUGGCGCUGCUAAGCCAGCUGUGCCGCCUGGCCUGUAGGCAGCCGGGAGGAGCCGAGGUAGCCCAGUUAUUCGAAGUCAUUCACCUGGCGCUGGGGCACUACCUCUUGAUCCAGCAGCAGCAAGUCAACCCAAGACGUGCCUUUGCGGAGGUGACUGGGCACUUGCUCCAGCCCUGCCUGGUCCUGAGGCACUUACUCUCAGGGGGCACGUGGACACAGGGCCAGCUGCGGCAGGCGCUGAGCCGGGACGUUAGGAGUCAGAUCGAGGCCAUGCUUCGAGCUGGAGCCUUUCAGCCCGAGUUGCUCUCGUCCUACAAAGAGGAGCUCUUGGACCAGCAGCAAGGUGACACGAAGAUAGGGGCCAUGAAGAGUCUUCUAGCUCCUAUGGACACUGUGAUUGCCAGGCUGGUGGAUCCUGGCUACUGUGAACCGUCCCUCCGUGCUGCUGUUAUAGCCAGCUCCGUGGCCUUGCUGUAUAAGCUCUUUCUGGAUUCUUAUGUCAAGGAGGGGAACCAGCUCCUCUGCUUCCAGGUGCUCCCCAGGCUUUUCGGCUGCCUGAGGAUUUCCCAGCUGCAGGAGGAGCACGUGAGCGCCCUGACCACAUCGGACUGGACCUCAGAACUGCUGGUUGUAGAACAGCUGCUAACGUCCGUGGCCAACAACAAUAUCUACAACAUCGCCGCCGACAGGAUCCGGCACGGAGAGGCUCAGUUCCACUUCUACCGCCGCGUGGCCGAGCUACUGAUCAACCACUCACAGGCCUCUGUGCCCGCCUGGUUCCGCUGCCUCAAGGCUUUGAUGUCUCUGAAUCAUUUAAUUUUGGAGCCGGACCUGGAUGACCUGUUGGCGUCAGCUUGGAUCGAUGCAGAGGUGACAGACUUGCGGACGAGAAAAGCCCAGGAGGCACUCAUUCACACUCUCUUUCAGACGUAUGGGAAGCUCCGGCAGGUGCCGCGGCUGUUUGAGGAGAUUUUGGGGGUACUCUGUCGCCCAGCUGCUGAGGCCCUGAGGCAGCCCGUGCUGGCCUCGGGCCCCUCUCGGGUGCUCCGUGAGUGCCUCCUGGAGUUGCCUCCGAGUCAGAUCUUGGACACGUGGUCCCUUGUGCUGGAGAAGUUCCAGUCUUUGGUCUUGCCUUAUUUGCGGGGUGAUGCCGACAUGGCCUUGAAGUCGCUGUCGCUGAGCUCCCUGCUGCACUGCAUCAUGUUCAACAUGAGGAGCCUGGACAGCAGCACACCUGUGCCCAUCAUCAGGCGGAUGCAGCGCACCAUGGACAGGAUGCUCCAGGAGCUUGUGAAGCCCCUGCUGGACCUUCUCCUGGAGCCCCCGCGCCCAGAGCUGGAGCCUUGGCUGAGGAAGGUCAGUGACUCUGCACUCCUGCUCUCUUACACUUGGGCCCAGGUUGACACCAUGCUCAGUAUAAACUGUAGCCAGUACCAGUCUGCGUCUGGGGCUCUUACAGAUGCUGUGGUGGAGAUCCCAGGCCUCCCCUCAUUGCUCCCAGGUGUUGAAACGCACCACUGGAAGAAGAUAGAAAAGUUUACAGCUCAGUUUGACUCUCUUAGCAAGUACUGUUUAGAACAGCUCUACCUACAGAAAAUGAAAAGGACUUUAGUGGAAACUAGUUUCCAGUCUGAAGAAGCCCUUUGCGCUCUGAGGCGUGACGCUGCCUACAUCCUUGGUUCUGGCAGAGAAAGCUUGAAUCAGAGGACAACCGCUUCCUGGGAUGGCCAGGUUGGGACAGUGAGUACACUCACAUACCCUGUAGCUCACUGGCACUUGGUUGUGUCAAAUCUCACAAUUGUAAUAUCUUAUCUUUGUCCGAAUGAUGUGAGAUCCUUGGCCAGUGUGCUGCUGAGAACUUUGCCAAUGAGCAAAGCCCAGGAAGGCUCAGCAGAAGAAGAGCCAAGCAUCACACUUGAAAAAAUAUCCAGUGCUGUCCUUCACAGCCCCCUCUUCCCAGAAAUGCAACCCCUCCAUUCUGCUUUCUUACUGUGCCUGACCGAAGGAUGUGCUAGUGUCCUGCGUUCCGGGGCCCAGGGUGACCCGAGUCUCCUCGGUCAGCAGCUGCCCUGGCUUUUUGAAAAGGAACACACAAUUGUGACUCUCUGGGAAAACCGAUUUGCAAAAGUCGGACCCGAAGGUGUGGAACCAAAAGGAGAAAUUGCCCAAAACUUACUCUCCUUGGUCAAGAGCGACUUCCCCGUUCAGCUGGGGGGAGAACAAUUAGAGAGCAUCCUGGGAUUUUUGGAAGUUAUUUCUGCUCUGCAGCUGGACAGCCUUUUGGCCCCCUAUCACGUGCAUUAUUUUCUUCUCUUAUUGUCCACGGCCGUCAGCAAGCUGGGGGCCCCUUGCCCUUGCCCGCUGAGCCUCAGGUGUUUGAUGACUUGCUACCGGCUUCUUGGCUACCUGCAGCGAGGGAAGAGUGCCCGCUCAGUGCUCAAGAUUCUAUAUGUUAGCGAGAUCUUUGAGAUCACUCUGACCUCAUUGUUCAAAGCCAGUAGUAGAUUUUCUGUUGAUACGGAUGACCCCUCCUGGUUGGAAUUCCUCCAAGUGAUAGGGACAUUCUUAGAACAGCUACUGCAGAUGCUUAUCCAGACGAAGCUCAGCCUGGUGCUCAAUUUUGGGAAAAUCGUUGCAUUCCUCCGUACACUGUACACCGAAGCAACUUCAGGCAAACAGGUGGAAACUCAGAAUCCUCGGGGCCAGCAGCUCCUUCUGGUGUCUUUAACCAAGCUGUGCCAGGUCCUGGGGCCUCUUGUCCAAGAGCGGAAGCAGCAGCAGGAGCCCUCGGGUGCGCUGUCUGCGCUGCUGCCAGAGGCCGUUCUCCAGACAGGAGCUGUGCUGUCGCUGUGCUGGGCACGCGGGGCCCAGGGCCGGCGCCUCCCCUCCGCCCUCAUCUCCUCGGUCAGCGCGCUCUUGGAGGCAGAUGUGGGCCAGCGCUCCACGCACAGGACCGACGUUUCCCUGGCAACCGGCGAGAGGCUGCCCUCCCAUACCGCCUUCUACCAGGACGUUUACUCUCAGCUGCUGUCCGGGUUACCGGCCCUUGCAGGAGACCCUCAGUCUUUCCAGGCAGCCAUGCGGUUUUUGACUCUGUUCCUUUUGGCCCCAGAGCUCCAUCCCAAGAAGGAUGCGGUUUUCAUCUCCAUGUUUCAUUCUGUGAGAAAAGUUCUGGCAGAUCCUGCAGUUUCCGGUCAGGCAAUUCAGGACUUGGAGCCUCAUUUGGGAGCCUUGUUCACCCAAAUGUUAGAAGUUGGGACAACAGAGGACUUUAGGAUGGUAAUGCAGUAUGUUCUCCAAGGAUUAGACGUCAGUAACAUGUGGAAAGCAGAUGUGCAGGCCACUUUGGCAGCUAUUACAUUGAUCAAGUUGCUCCUGAGCUGCCCACUCAGCGGAGAGAAGGCGAGUCUGUUCUGGCGUGUGAGCCCCCAGAUAGUCAUGGCUCUGACUCUGCAAAACCGAGAGGCUUGUCAGGAGCAGCCUGUGCCCCUGGCCGUGGUGGGGCCCAUCUUGGACGUGCUGGCAGCCUUGCUGCGACAGGGGGAGGCGACCAUCAGCAACCCGCACCACGUCAGCCUGGCCUUCAGCAUUCUGCUCACUGUGCCCUUGGAUCACCUGAAACCCGCUGAGUAUGGGAGCGUCUUCCUGCGGGUGCACAACGUGCUCUUCUCCAUCCUGCAGUGUCACCCGAAGGUAAUGCUGAAAGCCAUCCCUUCUUUCUUGAACUGUUUUAAUAGAUUGGUAUUUUCAGUUAUGCACGAAGGGAGGCAAAAAGAUAAAGGAAGCACGGAUGACCUAUCGGUGGUCCUAGAGUGUGCCCGCCUGGUGGAAAGGAUGUACAGCCACAUCGCGGCUCGGGCCGAGGAGUUCACAGUGUUCUUCCCCUUCAUGGUGGCCCAGUAUGUCACGGAGGUGCAGAAGGUCACCCUGUACCCCGCGGUGAAAGGUCUCCUGCAGGAGGGUAUCUACCUGAUCCUGGACCUCUGCAUUGAGCCAGACGUCCAGUUCCUGCGGGUGUCCCUGCAGCCCGGAGUGAGAGACAUCUUUAAGGAGCUGUACAAUGACUAUGCGAAGUACCACAAGGCGAAGCAUGAAGGGGAGAGAAGAUAUGCCGCCUGAAGCUGGGAUCCUGUGGGGCGGCUUUGGCUCCCCACUCUGAGAGAGCUGGACAGUGAGACUUCAGGUGUCCUAAUUUGUAGUGUUGAGAUAUGUGGGUUUAUGUGACAUAUACUGUAUUUUACAGGAAGCCAUGUUUUCCAAACUGAAUGUUUUUCUAAUGUGUCUUUUUAUGCAGUAUGUGUUGCUGUAGAAUCCUGAUAAUAAGGUGAAUUUAAUAAAAAAUGGCCAUUGUGGAUGU